CACGAUGCGUGUACGUGCUCGACAAAUAAAAAUGCAACGAGAUUGAGCCGAGAGGCGGGCGCAGAGCGUGUUCAAUUUCGCGCGUCCCCCGAGCCUCGAUGAUCCAGUUUACCCUUCGAACAUCGCGCGUUCAACGGAAUUUUAAUACCGACCGGUCAUCGGUCGAUGGAUUCGCGCGGCGUUAUCGGAAAAAUUCGUCGGUUAAUUCGCGGAUAAUUGUCGUUCGUUACGGGAAGUGCAGAUUAAUUUUACAGUGAUCGUUCGAAGAGUGUCGGAAAUAUCCGUCGCCGGUCCAUCGUCGGCCGGGAAAAUGGAUCGCGCUCGUUCGGACGCCGACGGACCGUUCCCUCGAUCGAGCCGGAUAGAAAGUGGCGUGUUCUAAUUAUCGGACUCGAUCACGCGUCGCCAAGGGAAGCUUCGCCGAGGGAGGAGAUUCAGCGCGAGGGUCGCCGCCGAUGGGCAGCAGCUGAACACGCCCCUGGAGGAGAAUAUUAGCGCCGGGCGGCGAGAGGGAGCGAUCAGGAUGUGAGGACGGACGCGUCCACCGUGAAACGUGACGUUUGCGCCGCGUGCUACCGAAAAACUAUCGAGAAGGGCAAACAUGUUCAAGUCGCGCACGUCGGUCUCGCCGUUCCUGGUCACGUGGCCGACCACGUCGUCGACGAUCCUCAGGUCGGCGUCCGGGAUCGGGACGACCGUGCGUUACACGAGCAUCAGCGUGUACGACGUGAUCGAUCAAACAUCCGUGAACACCGAGGGCAAGGCGGACGUGGAGUACACGCCGUACGAGAACCGGCCGGAGACUUACAUCGUGCCGCUGGUGUUUCUGCUGAUACUACUGAUCGGACUGACCGGAAACGGCGUGCUCGCGCUCACCAUACUGCGGCAUAGCAACAUGAGAAACGUUCCCAAUAUUUAUGUCUUCUCGCUGGCGCUCGGCGACCUGCUGGUGAUAGUGACAACGGUCCCGUUCAUCAUCAUCCUCUACAUAGUGGACUCGUGGCCUUUCGGACUGGUGCUGUGCAAAAUCUCCGAGUGCGCCAAGGAUAUAUCCGUCGGCGUGUCCGUGUUCACGUUGACAGCGCUCUCCGCGGACAGGUUCUUUGCCAUCGUCGACCCCAUGAGGAAACUUCACACCACAGGUACAGGAAGGAGAGCGACGCGGUUCACUGUGAUCGUCGCCGCGAUGAUUUGGCUGUUGGCCAUUAUCUGCGCCAUUCCAGCUUCCUUUUCCUACAUCAAGAACUUCCGGGUGAACAAGAACGUGAGCUUUCAGGCGUGCUACCCAUUCCCAAUAGAAUUCGGUCCAAAUUACCCAAAGACGAUCCUGGUCUGCCGUUUCUUCAUUUACUACGCGAUACCUCUGAGCAUCAUCGCGGUGUUCUACAUUCUAAUGGCGAGACACUUGAUGAAGAGCACCAGGAACAUUCCGGGCGAGAUGCAAGGUCAGGUGAGGCAAAUGAAAGCCCGCAAGAAGGUCGCCAAGAUGGUAAUGGCGUUCGUGAUAGUGUUCGCCGUGUGCUUCUUUCCGCAGCAUGUCUUCAUGCUGUGGUUCUACAUCCACCCGACCGCGGCAGAGGACUACAACACGUUCUGGCACUGCUUCCGCAUCCUCGGCUUCUGCCUGGCGUUCAUCAACAGCUGCAUCAAUCCGAUCGCGCUCUACUGCGUCAGCGGGACAUUCCGAAAAUACUUCGACAGGUAUCUACUUUGCUGCAUACCCGGCAGGAUGCGCGGCCGGCAGCGUCGCUCGUCAGACCUCAGCUCCCGCGGCCGGGGGCAAAGUUUCUCGAUGAUGAGCUCGAGGAGGUACAUGGGCGACUCCCGGAGGGGUCAUCGCGGCACCAUGCACAUGGCCAUCCUGGAUAACGACGUUAGGACCAGCCUGCCGAUCAAGGAACAGGAAACGACCAUCACUCUGACCGGAUGCCCGAACGGCGCCGACGAGGCUCUCAGAAGUCAUCGGAAUUCAGCGACGGAAUAGUGAAUUAGCCGGGCACCUUGUUCCUCGAAAUACCAAAGGACUGAAUUAUUCAGCAGCAACAUGGACCUGUCGAUGAACGACACGGUGUGUUAGCCAGUUUCGGUCGCGGCAAAAGCGUCGGGGCGACGGAUGUUACCGCGAAGUUGCUGCGCCGUGACGUUACACGGAAUAUUUUGUGCCCCGCGGAACUGACGUCGGAACUAUGCAUAAACCAUCUGAUUCUUAACACUGGUACCACCGAGUACUUGAAUCGAGUAUUCAAAAUUCCCCGUGAGAGCCAUAACGUGUUAACACGUUGAGCGCCAUGUCACCGAUUGACGCUACUGGGUUGCUUGAAAGCAAUCGUAACGUGCAAGAUAACCGAUGUCGAAUGAUGUUUAAUAACGGAGUUGAUAAUAGUGCGCUGCAAUGGUUGCAACGAAUAAUUAAUAAUUUCCCCUGAUUUUCUUUAGUACAAACGAAUGGAUCUAUGAAAAAUAGAGAUUGUCGUGACGCUUAACGUAUUGAGGUUUCAACGCUUAUACAGCUAAUUAGAUGUUACUAAAUUAGUUAACACAUUGCGUGCUGGUAACGAGAAAUCUCGUUUUUAUAUGAAGACUCUCAGCAAAUUAACUUUGAUAAUUACCACAGCAUUCAAGGAAAUAUAAAGUUUGGUUAGAACUACUUGUCCAUUUGAAAUAUAUUACGUAAUAUGAUACUUGAAUUUUUUUGUAGAUAGCGAUAUAAGUGGAUCUCACUGAAAAUCCGCACAUCAAUUUUCUGAUAAUUAGCCGGUACGCAAUGUGUUAAGAAUUUCUCAAACGAGUACCUCUUCCUUUCAGUAAUUACAAAACGAAUACUUAUGCCGAUUUUGAAGUUUGACUACAGGCGACACUGAAAUUGCUAACCGAUUCCUAGUUUCUAUCUCGAUUUGGUAACACACGGAAGCUUUCGUAGAAUAUUUCUUUAAAUAACUUAAUCUCAUAAUGUCCAAAGUGAAAUAUAUUCGAUCGAAACCUCGGCAUUGUAAUUUCAGUGAGAAGGUACAGAAAAGUCGAUUCGCCUGACGCGGUUCUAGGGUUGGUAACGUCCGACGUCUCGACGCUCGCACCACCACGACCUCAGCGUCGGAAAUGGAAAAGUGUCCCACGGGAACGCGCCGCGUCCGCCGAAAUAAAUGAAGAUCGAUCUUGAACCCUGACGACGCGCGGGAAACGAGGCAUCGUGUGCGAGCGAAUUAACCAUUGACUGGCCACAGUGGGUUCGGUGUUCCGGACAACAGUGACGUUUCUCCUCGGUUCACUGCUCGCGUGUGCCUGCAGCCAGCACGAGAAACUGGCGCAAUUUGUAAAUUGCAUCGAGGGACGGGU